CUCACAAAAUCAACCCAUCUCUUCUCUCUCAGCGGGUUUUACUAUUUUCACUUCUAAGUCCCUCUAAAACCCCUAAUUUACAAACCUCCCCCCCCCCAAGUUGCCCAAUCUUCCCUUCCAGACAUAAAACGUACAAAAGUUUACUCUCGAUUUCAACUCUCCGUUUCCAUUCUCGCUUCAGUUUCUUUCAUCUCCAUUGCUGGUUUCUGUCGUUUUUUUUGACUUUUUCCAUUUAACUUCUUCAAGUGAGGGUUUUAAUGAGAAAUUAGGGCUUCUUAAGAAAGGUGUUCUUUUCAACUUUUGCAUUAAUGGAGCCCGCGGCCGGUGCGUCCUCCGCCGCUCGAAAUGGAGGCGUUUCUCUGCCGUUGUCUGCUGCUUCGCAAGCUUCCCGUAAGGAAUGGCGCGUCGUUUCUGAGCAAACGGUUCGAAAUUCCGGUAACGAGGAAAUGGAGCGUUCAAAACUAGGUCAAUCCGACGAGAGAUUGAUAUACGAGGUGCAGCAUGGAAGAGAACCAUUGGAUGUUGAUUUCUGCUCAAUAACAAUUGAUGGAGGCUUGGACAAUGAUAUUUUGCAGCAGAGGCUUCAUUCUGUGGCGAAACAAAGGGAGGAGUUGCAGCAGGUGGAGAUUGAGCUUCGGGCGCAGUUCAUUGCAAGAUCUGAAAUCAUGGGAUUGCAGAAUACAUUUGAUGCUCAAAUAAAAGAGCAUGCAAAUGCCACUGUCAAGCUUCAGGAGCAACUGCAUGAGAAGGAACAGAAGAUACAUGAUCUGGAGAGAAAGAUUGACGAAAAGGAAAGGGAAUUGCAUGCUAUUAGAUUGGAUAAUGAAGCGCAGGCUUGGGCCAAAGAGGAUCUUUUAAGAGAACAAAGCAAAGAGCUGCAGAGCUACAGGAGAGAGAGGGAUAACUCUGAAGCUGAAAGAGCACAACACAUUAAACAAAUCCAUGAUCUUCAGGAACAUGUUCAAGAAAAAGAGCGCCAGUUAAUAGAGUUGCAGGAACAGCAUAGGAUUGCUCAAGAAACUAUCCUUUUUAAAGACGAACAGAUAAGAGAGGCACAAGCUUGGAUAACUCGCGCUCAGGAAAUGGAUGCUCUGCAUUCAACCACUAAUCACACUUUACAAGCUGAACUACGAGAACGAACAGAUCAGUAUCAUCAGCUGUGGCUUGGUUGUCAAAGACAGUUUGGGGAGAUGGAAAGACUUCAUCUGCAUAUACAACAGCUCCAGCUUGAAUUGGCUGAUAUAAGAGAAAAGAGUGGAAGUCAUUCAGAUGGGUCACAUGCCUCCCAUGCAAAUUCAAAUGAUGCUUCUCGAAUUGGGCAUAUUAAUGGUAGCCAAUCGGAGGUGAAUGACAAUAAUCCACCCAGUGUGAACUCUGGUAAUCUACAAAAUGGCAAUUCUGAAACUUCUGGAGGAAGCACAUUAACACAGACCGACCAUGUUCAUGGUGUUGCAUAUACUCCUUCAAACCUAUUUGGAAUGCCAACCUACCUUCCAACUGCGAUGCAUCCGUUUGUAAUGCACCAACAAGGUGUACCACACCCAUCACAUGUCACACAAUCUCAUUUUCAUUCUUUACCUGCAAUGUCAUCAGUUCAAAACUGGCAAAGCCAACAGGCUGUGCCAGAUGGCGAGCAAUUGCCUGCACACAACCAGUAUCCUGAGCAAACUGAAGAAAACUUGUUGAGAGCUGAAUCUCAUGGUGAAUAUGAAGCAACAGUAAAUGGGCAAGUUGUUCGUUCAAAUUAUUUAGAUGACAAGGUUAGUGCAGGGUUAGAUGCUGACUCUGUGGUCCCAUCGCAAAAUGGAGAGGGACAGGUGCAUGUCUCUGUAGAUGAAAGCCAUGACAAUACUCAAUCUCAGCAGGACUUGCCGCAAAUUUCUUCCCAGUUUCAUGAUGCUCUUAGGCUGGAUACUCCUGAACAAGGCAAUGAUACUAAGGAGAAGAAGCCCAAUCCAGUUAUUGAUCGUGAACUGGACAACAAAAUCACGAUUAUGGAACAUUCAAGUUUUGCUAUCAAUGUGUCCUCAUCCGAAGCACCAACGCAUGCUGCAAAUUUCACUGAAUCCGCCACAAAGAGUGCCUCUAGUGCUGUUCUGACGGAUACCUUUGUUUCCACUGGGCAGAAAAGUAAUAUAGUUGCAAAGCCUGGGGAAAGUUAUCUGUUGGAUGAAAGAGCAUUGCUGGCUUCUAUAGCUCGCACGAUAGGUUCUGGUGGCAGGAUUAGGAUUAGUUCAACACUUCCAAAUAGACUUGGAAAAAUGCUUGCACCUCUACACUGGCAUGAUUAUAAAAAGAAGUAUGGCAAGCUUGAUGAAUUUGUGGCCAGUCAUCCUGAUUUAUUUCUGAUUGAGGGGGACUACAUUCAGCUUCGAGAAGGUGCACAAGAAAUCAUAGCUGCUACAGCAGCUGUUGCUAAAGUAGCUGCUGCUGCUGCAGCACCAUCUUCAUUCUCAUCAAUGUUGCCUUCUGUAGCAGUCACUCCCAUGGCACAGUCCCACCGAUUGAAAAAGUUCUCUGCAACUCAGAGCCAGAAUGGUGGUUCCUUUCAUAUUGUUGAAGGAGUCUCAAAUGUUAAAAUUUUGAGCAAAUCAAAGGAUCACAUGGAACUGAAUGGCUCUGAAACCAGGCCUGGGCGGUCUGUACUGCUGACAGUUGGAAAUGGAUUGAACUGCGACACAACCGGCUUUCCUCAGAGCAAGGGUGCAUCUCAAGGGAGGCCUGACAUGAGUUUAGUUGGCAGACAACAAAGCAGGACAACUGGUGCUGCAUCAAGCCCAAGAAGAUAGAUAUUUUUGGAUCUCAUGAGCAAUGUCAUGACUAAAUUAAUUUGAGCAAAAGGCUUGAGAUGGAGACAAGGUGGAGGGAGGCUUUAAAUCCUCCAGUAUUUAUCCUAUAGAAAUUUGAUUCCAUAUUGGCAGAUUAACAACAUUAUAUUAUGCUGUCAGAUUGGAAGAACUGAAUGUUUUUAUAUGUAUCUUUGCAUAGCGGUGAAGGGGCAUCUAAUUGUUUGCAGUGAUGUUCUGCACCUUGCAGCCUUUGGGUUUUAUACAUAGGGAAAAUGGUGCUCGGUGGUAAUUUGGUGAGGACUGAAACAAUUAACCUUGAAGUUUCUGUUAGUGGUAGCCCUUCCCUUCAAAUCUAUCUUACCUUGUAUGUUUCUAUCUUUGGCAAUUUGGAAAUGCCGCAUGAACGAAAGUUUCUGUUAGUGGUAGCCUGAAGGGUAGUUUGCUUUUGAUGUUAUCCUUGACAACUAUUAGCAAGAUAUGAUAAAAAAUAUGGUGCCAUCAGACAAGGGAAAAAUUAAGUGAAA